AUGGAGCAGCAAAUGAAAAGGUACGUCUUGGCUUUCCUUCUAUUCUGUACACACUGGGUCUUUGUCUUGUCCAUGACACGUUACUCUAUACCCGAAGAAAUGAAGGAGGGCUCUGUCGUUGCGAAUUUGGCCGCUGAUUUGGGUCUGGAGGUCGGUGUAUUGGCCACACGCGAUGUUAAGCUAGAUAUAGGCCUAAUACAUAGUAAGAAGUAUCUGGAGAUUAACAAAAGGACGGGGGACCUGUACAUUUUAGAGAAGAUUGACAGGGAAUAUUUGUGUUCGAUCACAACGUCGACGGAUUGUAUCCUUAAAUUGGAUAUUAUAUUGGAGAAGCCAUUGCGCAUAUUCAAUAUUGAAUUGGAAAUCACGGAUAUCAAUGACCACGCGCCCCAGUUCCGUAGGGAUAGGAUUGAACUGGAUGUUUCCGAAUCUGCAUCUCCCGGCGAGAGAUUCACUUUAGCAAAUGCAGUGGACUCAGACGUUGGCUCAAAUACAGUAAAAUCAUACAGACUUAGCGACAGCGAGCAUUUCAGUAUUGAGAUUCAGACGGGAAGCGAUGGAACUAAAUACGUCGACUUGGUUCUGAAAAAGGCUUUGGACCGAGAAGAACAGGCAGUGCAUAAUCUCAUACUCACUGCUGUAGACGGUGGAGUCCCUGCACGCUCUGGCACGGCCAGGAUCGUCGUGAGCGUGGUGGAUACAAAUGACAACGCCCCGCAAUUUGACCACCAGGUUUAUUCGGCGAACAUAACGGAAAAUUCCCCCAUAGGGACAGUAGUAUUGAAGUUAAAUGCUACAGACUUAGAUGAGGGCUCAAACGCAGAGAUAAUGUAUUCUUUCACGUUGUACACUUCUGAGAAAACACAGGAAAUGUUUUCGUUAAAUUCAAAUACAGGGGAAAUUAAAGUUAAAGAUGUGAUUGAUUUCGAGGAAAUAAAGAUUUUGGAGAUGCAUAUUCAGGCCAAGGACAAAGGACAGCACCCACUGUCUGGACAGUGUACGGUGAUGGUUUAUGUGGAAGAUGUGAAUGAUAACCACCCCGAGAUCACUGUUAAGUCCCUUAGGAGCAGAGUGAAAGAGACGGUUCCUGUAGGCACAGUAAUAGCCCUUGUUGGAAUUGGUGACAGAGACUCAGGCAACAAUGGGAAGGUUGACCUCUCUAUUAGCGAGCAGCUGCCUUUUGUACUCAACAAGUCAUCAGAGAGAGAUUUUGAACUGGUUGUUUCAGAGGCGUUGGACCGUGAGACAGUUCCGGAGUAUAACAUCAUUUUAACCGUGACGGACAGAGGAACACCUUCUUUGUCAGAUAAUGAAACCAUCACAUUGGAACUCCUGGAUGUUAAUGACAAUGCGCCACAGUUCCCCAAGUCGUUCUACACCAUCCCAGUAAUGGAGAAUAACGCACCUGGAUCACUGUUGAGUUCAGUCACUGCGUUUGACCCAGAUUUCAAUGAAAACCAGUAUUUAGUUUAUUUUAUUGUGGAACGGGAAAUUGUGAACACAUCAAUGUCAAUGCUGUUUUCCAUUAAUCCAGAGAACGGUGAUCUUUACGCCCUAAAAACGUUUGACUACGAGAGAGAGAAAGAGUUUCUUUUCCACAUCGAGGCCAGAGACUCUGGUGCUCCUCCACUCAGCAGUAAUGUCACUGUCCACAUCAUUAUUCUGGAUCAGAACGACAACACCCCACUCAUAGUCUCUCCAUGGCGGGCGCACGGCUCUGUGGUUGAGGAAGUGAUCCCAAGAUCCACAGACAAAGGGCACUUGAUAGCCAAAGUGAUCGCCAUUGACUCGGACUCUGUGCAGAACUCCAGGGUCACGUACCAGUUUCUACAGGUUCCAGACGCUACUCUUUUCAGCCUGGACCAGUACAACGGAGAAAUCCGGACAAUGAGAAUGUUCAGCUACAGAGAUCCCCGCCAUCAGCGACUGGUGGUCAUUGCCAAGGACAACGGAAAUCCAGCUCUUUCUGCUACAGUUACUAUUAAGUUAUCAACAGUAGAGCAUGUUAUUAAAGCAUUUUCUGAGACGUCUGAAGUUCCUUUGGAAUAUGACAUAUUUUCAGACUUAAACCUGUAUUUGUUGAUUGGGUUGGGCUCUGUGUCAUUUCUGCUUUUGAUGACAAUAUUGGUGACCAUCGUGCUGAAGUGUCAGAAACCAAAACCCCCCAAAGCGACCCCUCCCUGCAGAAACAGCGUCGUUAGCCAGAGGAGCUCUACCGUAGCAGAUUCCACCCUGGUGUCCAACGAUGCGUACUGGUACAGCUUGUUUUUAGCAGAGACGAGGAAGGGAAAGGUGGUGGUUAGACAACCUGUACCGAAGAGUGGUGGGUACAUCGUUUCCAGUAUUCCCAGGAGCACUGGCCUCACAGAGACUAGCGAGUCAGCUGCUUCUACUCUACAGGUAAGAUCCUUUAACAUUAUUUGUUAG